AUGGGUUCCUCUAAUAGUAGUCCUAAAGUAUCUGAUGAUAAAUCCAUAGUUCUUGAUUGUAACUUGUAUAAAAAUGAAACUGAUGCAGUUGAAGGAGGUUAUUGUGAGGCAAUGAAUUUCAAUUUAGGACCAUACUAUCCUCCUAAAUAUACAUAUUUUACUAAUGGUCUAGCAAUUUCAGCUAUUGGAGAUGUAAAAAUGCCUGUUACAUUAUCCUAUUAUCUAUCAGAUGUUAAUGGUAAUAGUGUUAUUAUAGUAUGUGGAAAUAAUGGCAAGGAAGUAUAUAUUGUUUGCUCACAAAUAGUUUCUGAUCAUGUUUCCCUAAAUAAUAAUAAUUCUAAAAUUGGAGGAUGUUCGAUGAUAUUUGGGAUUUACAAUGAGGAAUUUAUACUAACUUCAGGUUCAGAUCCCUCAGUAGCACUUAUAUCAGCAAAAUGUGCUUAUAAAUAUAGUUCAGUUCAAACAACUCUUUCAGAAAAUAUACUAUGGGGUAUUAAAACUAAUUUUACACCGAUUACAACAUCUUCUACUGUAAAUGGUAAUAAUCCAAGUUCAGACUCUCGUAACCCUCUAAAAAAAGCACUAAGUUCAGGAUAUAACUCAAAUUCAACUAUUUAUUUUGGAAAUAAAGGUAGAAAUGAUAAAAAUGGAAUUGAUGAUAAUAAUCAUAAAAAGAUUUUAAAUAAUACAUCAAAUUCAGCAAUAUUUAACUUACCUUCCGAAGGAACAUGCAACAAUGCUUCCAUUUCAUUUGUAAUCCCAAAAAAAAUGUUAUUAAAUAAUAAUGAAACAACUCUUUUAAUUAAAGAUAAUUCAGAUAUACCAUUAGCAAGUGUUAAGUUUAAUAGUUGUUGUGCUAGACUAACCAACUACAAUGAAGAACAAUUUGAUACUUCGGCAUAUCCUAAAGGAUGGUAUCUAUGGGAUAUUUUCAAUAUGACUUUUGCUUGGACCUUAACUAUGUAUUAUUUAAUUUCUUCUUCAAAUUUACAACCUUUAGUAUCAGUUCUUAGGGCGAAUUCUACCAAAUGUCCAUCAUCAAUUAGACUAUUAGAUAGUAGUAAUACUGAACUUCAAACUCAUUGGCAUUACAGAUCACAUUUUACUGGAAUAAUUCCAUAUGAAUGUUCCCUAGUAAAUUUCAAUGAAAGUUGUAAAAGCCCUAUAUUGAAUAUAAAUCUAGUUCAACAACUCGAUCAACAAUUUUUACGUUUUGGAUUUAUUGCUCCACCUAUGAAUAUUCUACCUAUUUCUAUGUCACUUUUUUCUUCUGGAACUCCUUUUGCAACUAUUAAUUUUAAUAAAGAUCAUAUUUUAAUUCAGACAACUAUAGGAAAUGAGUUGUUUGAAAUGCCAAAUUCUAUUCAUGAAGGUAAUUGGGUUAUUGGAGAUUUAUAUUUUGUACAACCUCCUAUAAAGUAUGCAAUAAAAAAGUCUAUUAAUCUUAAAAGUUGUACUAACAAUACAUCAGAAGACUGCCUUUUAACAAAAAGUAAUAAUUGGAUAUAUUCGAAGAAACAGACAGAUUUACUUACUUUUGCUUUUUAUCAAUAUCAGACAUUAAAGUUUACAAAAAAAACAUAUAAAGAAAUUAAAGAUAUGUAUUCUAAAGUAAAUCAUUCAUACUUAUAUAUUUCAUUGAAUAAUAACAUCAUUGUGAAUACUCUAUCAGCUAAUGAAAAAAUAGAUCGGGUUAUUAUUUACGGAAGAAACAAUGAAUAUAAUUUAGCUUACUGGAAAAUUAAAUUGGGAAUGUCACCUAGUCUUCAUCCUCCUGAUUCAGAUUUGCAACACCUUGAGAAUAAAAUUAUGAUUUAUAAUUCAGUAGGUCCAAAUUAUGAUUUAUAUGAUACAAACAAAGAUAAUCUUUUGUGA